AAUGGUCUCGUGUGUAGUGUGGUGUAACCGAAAAAGCACAUACACCCACACACAGAGGCAAUAGAGGCAUACAUACGACAGGCAUAUAAAAGCCGGUGUACAAAAAGUGGUGGUGGUGAAUCCGCGGCGAAUGACGGGAUACCGUCAAGUGUGACCAAACGACAAAACAAGCACCAAUCGCUAAUCGUCCUACAAUCUGAGGAACGGCUGUUUAUCCAAAGUAGCCGUCUUGCGUGUGUGACGUUUACGUUUUUUUCGUUUUUUUUUCUUGUAUUCACGAGAACUCCGAAAAAUCGGAAUAAGACAAAAGGCAAGAAGCGUCCAAGCAAGAGUGUUGGAAAAAUAAUAAAAAAAGAUUGAGGCUCAUUGUCAUUGCGUGGCUGUCAAGCAAACCGUCGGUGAUAUUAGUCCCCGGAGUAGAUUGAAAAUCGACAGAAGGACAUAACCGUGGGAUCGCAAAAUUUCACAGCUCCUGGGCGUAAACCAACUGCCAAAAGAACGUCAUCGAACGUAUACACACAUAUUUUGAGGUUCCGAGCGCGCUGCUACUGCCGUUGCCACUGCCGCCACGUACAUACCUACCCUCGUGCUUUAUAUCAGUUAAUCGCACAUUCUGCAUUAAAUCGAGAAAGAGGUUGACGCGUGUGGAUUAGGCACGCGCACAGCCAACGUUUGAGGAAAAAAGGCAAGCUAAUUACAGGAAAUUGAACACAAGAAGGGCCAAGCAUGGGCUUGACUAUAAGCAGUUUGCUGACUCGUUUGUUCGGCAAGAAACAGAUGAGAAUUCUAAUGGUUGGUUUGGAUGCAGCUGGUAAAACUACAAUUUUGUACAAAUUGAAACUUGGCGAAAUAGUCACUACUAUACCAACCAUUGGCUUCAAUGUUGAAACAGUAGAAUACAAAAAUAUUUGUUUCACCGUAUGGGACGUCGGCGGCCAAGGAAAGAUUCGUCCUUUGUGGAGGCAUUAUUUUCAAAAUACCCAAGGCCUCAUCUACGUCAUUGACAGCAACGAUAGGGAAAGAAUUUUAGAGGCGCAGAAAGAGUUGGCCAGUAUGCUCAAAGAGGACGAGCUCAGAGAUGCCGUUCUCCUGGUGUUCGCCAAUAAACAAGAUUUACCAAAUGCUAUGUCUGCGGCAGAAUUAACCGAUAAGCUUGAACUUAAUGCUCUCAGAGGACGUCAUUGGUACAUUCAAAGUGCGUGUGCGACCCAGGGUCAAGGUCUCUACGAAGGCCUGGAUUGGUUGAGCAACGAACUCGCCAAAAAGUGAUCCAGCAUUUUAGAGAUUAUCGAGAGAUAAACAUACAUCUUGUCCGGAAUUAUUGUACCUCCUUAUCGCAAACCAAUGAUCCCCUUCUAAAUUCAUCGUCAAAUAUCUGGACUACGCGUGAGCGAUUGCCUCCUCGAAAUUUUUACAUGCAAAAUCACACUAAUAUUCGAUUUUUAAGUCACAAUUUAAGAUUUGUAAUUUUUCUCGUGGUCCGAUAUUGCCUUGUUCAUCCCGCGCGACUCCCCUCUCCCCUGCUCGGCAAAUCGGUCCCAUGAAAAAUUACUCUCUCGUCGGUAUUUCGAUUUGUCAACGUUGUAAGAAACAAAAAAUAUAUAAUGAUUUUGUUCCACGCGGUAAUCAACGUCGACAAAAGAUCAUUCGUUUUUAUUAGUAUUUUUGUUAUGAGUUAUAUUUUUCUCUACACAUUUAAGAUUCAUAACGAUACGAUAAUUGGCAUCAAACGUCAAGGCUUCAAACAACUGUUAAAUAUUUUACACUGUAACCGAGCUAGCAUCGUUGGAAUGUUACAAUAAUUUUUUUUCAAUCGGUCAUUAUUCAAUUUUCUCCGCAUUGGCGAAUUUUUCAAAAUUUAUCUCAUCUUUCAUAUGGUUUCCAAACAAAGAAAUUAAAUAACUGUCAGAAUUCUUUUCAAUAAUACGAAAAAAAUAUUAUAUUUUGAUACAUUUCAACGAUUCAAUGUCUUCAACGUCAUUCUUUCACUUUAUCAUUCGUUCGACUAAGAUUUGUGGUUCUUGUGGAAUACGAAUCAAUCUAUCCCAUCCUCGAGCGCUCGUUAAUAAUAUCAAGCGGUUUUGUACUAUCGUGUCGAUUGAAUAAUAACGUUAAUGUCUAAGAGAAAUAGUUAUAUCAGUACAUAAAUGAUGAUCUUUUGAAAACAAGUAAUAUUCGAGUAUCCAUACACGUGUGACACAUGCGAAUGUUGAUUGUGGUACGAACUCACGGGCCACUAGCGCAGGCGCCUGAGUCGUUGAUCGAAGCACAUUUUAUGAUAGGUUUUUCAGUUUGAGUAAUGUUUAGCCGUUUGGGCAAUGGAAUAAGAACGAAUAAUAUAUUGAAGAUUGAAUAUUCAUAAAAGUUUCUUUCAUCGUUUUCACAAAAUAUGUCUCGGAUGAGGUAAAUAAAUUAAUACACCCGACCGGAUUCACUCGUUUUUCCUUUUUUUUUUUUUUUCAUUCAAUGAAAACAAUAAUAUUGAACGAGACGACACAGUAACAGGACGUUCGAGAAAUAAAUAAUAAAGUGGUCUUUUGAAAAUUGAACCGAAUGAAGUAGUGAUCUUGACGACUAAUUAAUCAUCCUGUCCGUUGUUUGUAAUUCUUAUCUAUAACGACGUUAGCUGAUUUCACGUCCCGAAUUUUCUUGUAUAUUUACCUUUCUUAACGACCGAAUCGUGCUCAAUCGUUUAAUCGAUGAUUUUGAUACUUAUUGAAUAAAAAUCGGCAAUAUUUGUAGCAUAUAAAUCUGAAAAACAUUAAUAUCGAGUGUAAUGUCUAGAUGAUUUUUUCUUGGUUUAUAUUACUUCUACAAGCCCGUAUAUGUUCCUUUUCACACUGUAUUAUUGGAAAAUAAAUUUAACAAUGUUCAGAAAUGAG